GAGCAGGUCGCCCGGGGCUGGGCACCCGCCACCUGGUCCCGAGUGAAGACGGGAGCCACUUGUCCCGGGCACCGUAAAUAGUAGUCCCAGUGGGCGGGGAGCCGCCGCGCGCCGCCCGCUCAUGUCUCUGCCGAGCCGGGUGGCCGGCCGCCUGGCACAGCUGCGCGCGGCGGGGCAGCGACUCGGCGCCCCGCGCCCCUGGCCCGGCCCCUCGGUGGGCGCCCCACGACCCCCUGGCACUGCGGGCGGACCCCCGGCGUGCCUGGGCGCGCUCGCUCCUCGCGCGCGGGCUUCCGCGGGAGUUGGGACUUUGGGGGCGGUGGCGGUGGGGCUGAGAGCCGGGGUGCGCACCUGGGCUCCCCUGGCCAUGGCGGCGAAGGUGGACCUCAACACCUCCACCGACUGGAAGGAGGCGAAAUCCUUUCUGAAGGGCCUGAGCGACAAGCAGCGAGAGGAGCACUACUUCUGCCAGGACUUCGUCAGGCUCAAGAAGAUCCCCACGUGGAAGGAGAUGGCAAAAGGAGUGGCCGAGAAGGUGGAGCAGCCCAAAUACAAGAAGGACAAACAGCUCAAUGAGAAGCUCUCCCUGUUCCGGGGUGAUAUCACCAAGCUGGAAGUGGAUGCCAUCGUUAAUGCUGCCAACAGCUCGCUGCUUGGAGGCGGAGGCGUGGACGGGUGCAUCCACCGGGCCGCCGGGCCCCUGCUCACUGACGAGUGCCGGACCCUGCAGAGCUGCGACACCGGCCAGGCCAAGAUCACCUGCGGCUACCGGCUGCCGGCCAAGCACGUCAUCCACACCGUGGGGCCCAUCGUGCAGGGCCAGCCCAGCGCCGGCCAGGCGGCCGAGCUCCGCAGCUGCUACCUGAGCAGCCUGGCGCUGCUGCUGGAGCACCGGCUGCGCUCGGCGGCGUUCCCCUGCAUCUCCACGGGCGUGUUCGGCUACCCCAGUGAGGCCGCGGCUGAGGUGGUGCUGGCAGCACUGCGCGAGUGGCUGGAGCAGCACAAAGACAAGGUGGACCGGCUCAUCAUCUGCGUGUUCCUGGAGAAGGAUGAGGCCAUCUACCGCCGGCGGCUCCCGCACUUUUUCCCCGUGGCCUGAGGCUCCCGCACUCCCCAGACCAGGAGCGACGCUCCUGGGCCUGCAGGACCCGGCUCCCGGCUCUGAGGGCCCUGAAAACCUCCGGCUGGCCCCGGGCCUGCUCCUGCAGCAUCCUGCUUCCCCAGCACCCAGUCCCACCGAAGCCUGCUAAUAAAGACAGCCGCACAGCCA